UGUUGUCUUGGUUGAGAAGUGGCUCUCUGACAAAAAUGCCUUCAGUGUUUAUCCAAAAAUGUUUCACUUACAUCAAAAACUGCUCAUGGAAAUGUUAUUUCAUCUCAGUUCUACUUUUUGUGGACUUGUUAGCAAACUGGUAUCUCUACGGCAGACACCCGCCAGUGCCUGGUAUCAAGCAGAGAUGCUCCACUAUGUAUCCAGAAUUUGCGAUGGUCUUGGAAAAUCCAGUAUCUUUGCCUAACAGGAGAAUUCAGGAAGAAGAUGGCACAAUUUACUCUCCAGGUCAUUUCUGGUAUGAUAAGAACAAUUACAGGGGAUGCCCUUGUAAUGUCAGGCCGUGCGUCAGGAAAUGUUGUGCUUUCAGUGAUGUGUUUGACAAGAAUUAUAAAUGCAUGCCUUCUCAAGCAAAUGUAUCAGACUUUAUAAACAGCUUUAGAGAAGUUUACAGAAUGAAUGUGAGUAAGGAUUACUUUUCAGUACUUUCUAAAAAAUGUGAAAUGGAAUCAAGUCUUCAAAAUGUCACUUUGCUCAUGGAUGGUAGAAUAUCAUCCCCCUCAGGGUAUUUUGAUCAGUCCCAGUACUGUUUGGAAAGGUCAUCAGGAUCUCUUAUUGCUGUGUCUUGUGUCGAAGAUAGCUUUGCUAAGACUUUACAGGCAGCCCGCAGCAUGUUAACUCACACUUUGAGAGUUGUUCCUACUAGCAUCCAUGUUAUCACAUUAAUUCUGUACAUUGUCUUGCCCAAUCUACGUUGUGGUGUCGGUUGUCUCAUGGUCAAUCUUGUAGCAGCCAUGAUACUCAAGGGGGUCUUCAACUUGGUCAUCGUUGCAGACCUGGGUCACCGAUACCGCCUUCUGUGUACUAGCAUAGGGCUAGCUAUGCAAUAUUCCUGGCUCUCCUGUCAAGCUUGGCAACUGGUCAUUGCAUACCAAAUCUGGACCUCAUUUAGACCUACUACCCUGAGGACUCUCUCAAAGACAAGGUCUAUGGUCCGCAGCAAACUGCGACUGUACCAAGGGGUAGCCUGGGGUCUACCUUUCCUUCUAUCUGCAUUUACUCUUAUAGUGGAUCUUGCUUCAUUCAUACCAUCAUCACUCAAACCCCACAUGGGUUUAAAGAGAUGCUGGUUUAGUAGUAUGGUUUAAAUAUUUAAUCUUGUUUUUAUAUAAUAUUUUAUUACAU